AGCCUCGGACGAGCUCGCCUGUAAUGCCGGGGCGGUGAUCGCUGCAGAGCCGGGGAAGCCCUCGUCCUUCCGGGAUGCCUGAAAUAAAAGUGACUCCCCUGGGAGCUGGCCAGGAUGUGGGUCGCAGCUGCAUCCUUGUGUCCAUUGCCGGGAAGAACGUCAUGCUGGAUUGCGGGAUGCACAUGGGGUUCAAUGAUGAUAGGCGGUUUCCUGACUUCUCCUACAUCACCCAGAAUGGAAGGCUGACAGACUUCCUGGACUGUGUCAUCAUUAGCCACUUCCAUCUGGAUCACUGCGGGGCCCUUCCCUACUUCAGCGAGAUGGUCGGCUACGAUGGGCCAAUUUAUAUGACCCACCCAACAAAAGCCAUUUGCCCCAUUCUCCUGGAAGAUUUCCGGAAGAUCACUGUGGACAAGAAAGGGGAGACAAACUUUUUCACAUCCCAAAUGAUCAAGGACUGCAUGAAGAAAGUGGUGGCUGUCCACCUUCAUCAGACUGUCCAGGUGGACAGUGAGUUGGAGAUCAAGGCCUAUUAUGCUGGCCAUGUCCUUGGGGCUGCGAUGUUCCAGAUUAAAGUUGGUUGUGAAUCAGUGGUUUAUACUGGCGACUAUAACAUGACACCAGACAGGCACUUGGGGGCUGCCUGGAUUGACAAAUGCCGCCCCGACCUGCUCAUUUCUGAAUCCACGUAUGCCACCACCAUCAGAGACUCCAAACGCUGCAGGGAACGGGAUUUUUUGAAGAAGGUCCACGAAAGCAUUGAGCGUGGGGGGAAGGUCCUGAUCCCAGUGUUUGCUCUGGGCCGGGCUCAAGAACUCUGCAUUUUGCUGGAGACCUUCUGGGAGCGCAUGAAUUUGAAGGCGCCCAUCUACUUCUCCACGGGGCUGACGGAGAAGGCCAAUCACUACUACAAGCUGUUCAUCACUUGGACGAACCAGAAGAUCCGGAAGACAUUUGUCCAGAGGAACAUGUUUGAGUUCAAACACAUUAAGGCCUUUGAGAGGGCGUUUGCUGACAACCCUGGGCCCAUGGUUGUGUUUGCUACGCCAGGGAUGCUGCACGCGGGCCAGUCCCUCCAGAUCUUCAAGAAGUGGGCUGGCAACGAGAAAAAUAUGGUCAUCAUGCCAGGUUAUUGUGUGCAAGGAACAGUGGGCCACAAAAUUCUGGGCGGGCAGCGGAAGCUGGAAAUGGAAGGCAGACAAGUUCUGGAAGUGAAGAUGCAGGUGGAGUAUAUGUCCUUCAGCGCACACGCCGAUGCCAAAGGGAUCAUGCAGCUGAUCCGGCAAGCAGAGCCCCGGAACGUCCUGCUGGUCCACGGCGAGGCCAAGAAGAUGGAGUUUCUGAAGCAGAAAAUUGAGCAAGAAUUUCGGGUCCAGUGCCAUAUGCCUGCAAAUGGGGAAACAGUGACUGUUUUCACCAAUCCUAACAUCCCCGUGGAUAUUUCUCUUGGGCUGCUGAAGAGAUCGCUCGCCGUUGGCCCCUCGCCAGCCCCCAAGAAGCCAAGGCUGUUGCAUGGCACCCUGAUCAUCAAGGACAAUAGCUUCCGCUUGGUUUCUUCUGAGCAAGCCCUAAAGGAAUUGGGGCUGGGGGAGCACCAGCUGAGGUUCACCUGCCGGAUCCACUUUCAGGACCCCCGCAAAGAACACGAGACCGGGCUCCGCGUGUACAACCACCUCAAAAGAGCCUUGAAGGAUUAUUCCGUUCAGCACCUCUCCGAUACCUCCAUCAUGGUGGAAUCCAUCCUGAUCCAGGUGACGGUGCAGUCUGAAGAUCCUGCCACCAAACUUCUGCUGGUGUCCUGGACGUACCAGGAUGAAGAAAUGGGUAGCUACGUCACCUCCCUGCUGAAAAAAGCCCUGCCUCAGAUUACAGGCUGAGCCUCUGGAUGCCUCCAGCCGCUGUUACAAACUUCUGCUUACAAAGAGGGGCAGGUCUGCACAGGAGGCCGGCCGUGGUUUGGCAAAAAGAGAG